AUGGGGACUCGAGUAAUGUCGAAUGCCUCGCCUGACCAUCACCCGACAGACGGCUCGACCUCUUCCUCUCACGUCGCGUUAGGUGACCCGGCCUCUUUUCUUGGUAUUCAAUUUGGCUCCGACCCGGCUGUUCUCCCUCAUGAUCAUUCAUCCAUCCUCCACCCUUGGCUUCCAUGUGGCAGCAAUCACCCGUCGCCCUCGUCGUUGUCCCCGGCUCCGAACUACUUGGAGUACUACCAGUAUCAUACGCCUCAGUCAUUCAAUCACCAGGAUGCUUGGAAUCCGCUCCAGGUGACUGGAGUCCCUCUCAACACAUCGGCUUUCAAUCUGCAGCCCAUGGGAAAGCCCUAUCAGAUCAACGACUACAUUGACCGCCGGCGCUCCACCGGACAAUACAGCACCCCCUCAGAAAAUGAUAGCCAGUACAACGGUCUCGCGUCGGGUGAUUCAGGAUACGGGAGUCGAAGCUGUACCACACGCUCCAUAGCUGCAUCUUCCUUCGCGGUAGACUCAGCUUGCAGUCCGCACUUGGGUCCACAUGAGUAUGAACUGGACGAUAGAACGACAACGUUCGAUCUGGGACCAUCCGCCUGUGGCGAGGCCGUAGAGAAGACCGAACAACACAAUGCGCCCUGUGAAUAUGAGAUUAAAUGUGAUUAUCCCGAGUGCAACUGGAAAGGAAAAUGUCCAUCCGACAAAAGGAAACACGAGGCAAGACAUCAGAAGCUGUACAAAUGCGAUCAACCCAACUGCAGUCGCAAGCAGGGCUUCGGAACCAUCAAUGAUCUAGCGCGACACAAGAAAUGUGUCCACAAACAGGAACCGGAACGUGGACCUAAGAUCCUAUACUUGUGUUUCGGGCGCAAUUGUCCCCGGAGACAGAAGAGAUGGCCUCGACUGGAUAACUUCCGUCAGCACCUCUUGAGAAUGCAUGGGGAUGAAGACGCCGAUGAGCUUCUGAAAAGGUCGCACGAAUGGUACAAUAGUAUCAAGCAAGCGAGUGAAUUGACGUUUGCUGCUGUUGACCCCGUGUUUAAGAAAACCCAAUCUCCAGAAAUGCAACUGCCAACUGAACAGGACUGCGUGAUGGAAGAUCUGGACCAGACUCCGUGUAUUCCAGCCGUCGCAUUCGAGUCGCUCAUCGGAGCAAGAUCGCCAGAGAACGAAUAUCGCAUCCUGAACCCGAUCAAAGACACCACUGAACAGGAACGAGAUCAAGAGCUAGCUGACGCCACACUCAUGGCUCCCUCAAAUACAGUUCAACUGCCGGGCUACGGCACGCCCAACUUGGAUUCAGCACUGGACCAAACGCCGCCAAUCGCGCACCAAGACAGCAAGAAGAACGACUACGUGGAAGAAUUCAUAGUGGACGCUGCGACUAACAUGAUCAAUGCACUGACGAGAAUAAUGAACUCCAACCACCGACGGCAUUCACAGCCGGCAAAGGACAUAGACGACCCGACCAGUCCUAGUACCGAGCUGUGCAGUCCAAAGAAGAAAAUUCUCCAGCGGAUAUUGACUGCAGCGUUGGACUGUCUAUCUGAAAAGCCCCAGCGAUCUGGCGACAGAACGCCCAAAGUGCCUGAGAGAGACCCGGACAAGAAAGACUGGAUCCAAUGCGGAGUCUGCGCGAAACGAACACGUUUGCGGUGCGAAAUGAAGUUGGUAUUGACCUUCCUGUCUGCCCUAUCUUAUUCUAACAUGGUGGCCUAG